AAUAUAUUUGUAAAUAAUCUGACAAUAAUUAACAUUUUUGUCCCCUGUCUUUGUGUAUUUGUUUUCUGGGAAUGACUUGUGGAUCGACACUUCUAUUGCUUCCUCAGUUGAAGAUGCCCCGUACCAAGGCUUCACGGCGCUCGUCGGCGGCGAAGGAGAGGAUGGCGGUCCAGCGUGGUCGAGCUGCUGGCAUGGCUGUGGUUCCGACUGACAGGGUUAUGCCUUUACCCCUUGACAAAAAGGUCCUGACUGACUCUGUUCCUGUGAACCACAGCUCACCAGUUUUGGAGGCCACUGUUAAAAGUGACUCAUCAGUGACUGACGGGGUUAGGCCUCAUCCCCAUACCCAAAAGGCUCUGACUGACGGGCUUAUGCCUUUUGCCCAUGAAAAAAAGGUCCAAAACUUGCCUUCUCCCAUUGAGAAGCUGCACCAAAUACAAUGCAAAAACCCUGUCAAACUGCCUCUGGCUGAAAAUGCGUAUCAAACUGCCUAUCAAACUGCCUCUGGCUCAAAAUCUUACAAGCUAACUCUGCCAAAAAACUCUGAUAAACCUGCCUCUGGCUCAAAAUGUCCUGAAAAUGUUGGUAUAAUCCAGACAUCUUCAUCUGUGUGUGUUCUGAGUCCCCAGAGAUUGACCGUGAGUGGCUCCUUCAACCAGCAGCAUCCACAGUUUGGUAGGAACAGUAACAAGCAAUGUGUUGCUAAUAGUGUUACAGCCAUACUGAUGUCUAAGUUGAAGAAUGUGUUAACCUGGACUGCAACAGAUGUGGAUAAUGUCCUCCUGAAUGGCGACAAACUGUAUAGCAGCAUAAGAGAUGCAGGCAGGAUUCAUGAUGAUUCAGGUUACUUGUUUAUUAGAGACUUGCCCACGGAGUACACACUUAAUGGUCACAGGUUUGCACUGAAUUGCAGUGAUGACAUGUUUGUUGGACUGUUUGGUGUUACUGAUUAUGGAGAAAUGGAGAAUGUCUACAUGUCACAUGAUGAAGCUAUUGUAAGAGUGCUAUCUCAGUUUGAUGCUUGUCUAUUUACAAUAAAAGUGAAUACAUGUGCUAUCAUCAAACAAGAUUCUUGGUAUGCCAUAAUUGACUCGCAUGCACGAAACACACACGGUGCACUGGAUGGUACAGGUACAAGUUUACUAGCCUGUCAUGCUAACUUGGAAUCUGUUCUAGAUCACAUUACAAUCCUGGGUUUGUCAUUGCAAGCAGAAGGUCAGCAGUUUGAAGCAACUGGAGUUGUAGUGGUUCCAAAUGACAUGGGGCAGCAGACUUCUGAAUCACACACGCAGGUAACUGAGGAUCUAAACCUGAACAAGCUGAAAAGUACUGCAGAUGAGGAACACAGAGAGCAUGUAAAGCAGAUUUCCAUUUUAAAAUACAAAACAGACAGCUCAUUUGCUCAGGUUGUGAAAAACAAAAACAUAGAGAGAAGACACACAAAUAAAAACAAAAGAAAAGACAUUGAGUAUGUAAUUGAACAGUUCAAAAACAAAAUAAGCACAGGUCCAGAAUACGUGUGUGCGGUUUGUCACAGAGCUCUGUUCAAACACCAAGUCAUUCGAUGUCGAAAACAUGAAUAUUUGAAAAAAGAUCCAGCAGUUGCAUGUAUAGCGGAAAGGUGUGUCACUGAGGAUUAUUUGCAUAUUUGCAAUGAGAGCUGUGAUGUACAUUGUGCCAUUAAAACUGGUCCAGCUGGUUCUCUUUGGGUUUGUUAUACUUGUCACAGAAAGAUUUGUAAUGCAAAAAUGCCAGAACAGAGUGUUGUGAAUAAUCUUUCAUUGGAUCCAGUCCCUCAUGAAUUGCAAACAUUAAAUUCAUUGGAAUGUCAUUUGAUUGCUAUGCAUAUACCAUUCAUGAAGAUUGUGCCACUGCCAAAAGGAUCACAGAGCUCUGUCGUAGGCCCAAUAACCUGUGUGCCAUCAAAUGUAGCUGAUGCAGCUGAGCUUUUACCAAGAUCAGAAAAUGCUGAUCUCAUGAUCCGUGUGAAAUUGAAAAGAAAGUUGACAUACAAGGGGCAUUAUAAGUAUGAAUUUGUCCACCCAGAGAAAAUUCAAAAUGCACUGAUGUACCUCAAAAACCAUAACAAAUUCUACAGUGAUGUUAAAUUCAACAAUGAUUGGAUUAAUCCACUGAGCAACACUGCAGAAGCAGAUGAGUGUGAUGACCAAAGUGAACAAGCUGGUAAUGAGGAACACACUGAGCAUACCAAUGAGGAUGAGAACAUUGAUGAAACUCUUCUUGACCGACAACAGCAUGGCAUGUUUAUGGAUACUUGUUUACAACCUGUUGAUGUAGCACAAGAGGUUCUGGAUCAGCAUUUUGAUGGAAUCAUGUCUGUAGCACCUGCAGAAGGAAAUAAUCCAGUCAGGCUAUUAACUGAUGAGUCAAACGAGGCCAAAUGCUUCCCAGUUCUGUUCCCUAAAGGCACAGGUACUUUUCAUGAGACAAGACCAGAAAGGCUGACAUUAUGUCAAUAUUUAAACUCAAGAAUACUCAAUGCAGAUGGAAGAUUUGCUAAAAACUUGGACUUUAUCUUUUAUGGCCAGUAUUUGUCAGAACUAAAUCAGGUUGUAUCAAAUGUAUCAAUCGCAUUGAGAAAAGGACAUUCCACACAGAAAUCAGAAGUUACUUCAGAAAUGUUGACAAACCAUGAAUCCUUACGACGCAUUUUACAUUUUGAUGAAGGCUAUAAAUUCUUAAAACCUAUCAGAGGUACUCCAGUGUUCUGGCAAAGCGUGCAGAAAGAUUUGUUUGCAAUGGUCAGACAACUAGGAAUUCCAACCUGGUUUGCUUCGUUUUCCUCUGCUGACCUCCGGUGGCCAGAACUCAUGCAAACAAUCCUGAAACAAGAAGGAAAACAUGUAUCAGCUGAUGAGCUUGAUUGGUCAGAGAGAUGUCACCUGCUGAAAAGUAACCCUGUGACUGCUGCUAGAAUGUUUGACCAUCGAUUUCACUGUUUCCUUAAAGAUGUCAUCAUGUCUGAAGCCAAACCAAUUGGAGAGAUCACUGAUUUUUUCAUGAGAGUUGAGUUCCAGAAUCGUGGUUCACCUCACACUCAUUGUCUUUUCUGGGUAAAAGAUGCUCCACAGAUAGACAGAGAUGAUGAUGUGCGUGUUUGUCAGUUUAUUAAUCAGUAUGUCACAUGUGAAUUGCCUUCAGAUGAGGACAGAGAAAUGCAUGACAUAGUGUCACAAGUUCAGAUGCACAGCAAGAGACACUCAAAAACAUGCAAAAAAAAGGGAACGACAUGCAGAUUUAACUUUCCACGUCCUCCAAGUAACAGAACAUUUAUUACACGAUGUAAGACUGAAGAACAUAAAAAUGAAAAUAAUGAUGAAAAUGAAAAAGCUAGCAAAUCCACAAAGACGAUGGAAGUAGAAUUAGCAAGUACAAUAUUAAAAGGAGUCAGAAAUGCUUUAUUAAAUACUGAGGCCACAUUUGACUCUGUUGACUCUUUAUUUGCUUCCCUUGAUAUAAAUCAAGAAAUCUUUGAAGCAGCAUAUCAAACAAUGACCAAGAAAACCAGUGUUGUGUUGAAGAGGAAACCAUGUGAUGUUUGGGUGAAUCAGUAUAACACACAUCUUCUGAAAGCAUGGAAUGCAAAUAUGGACAUACAGUUUGUAGUCGAUGCAUAUUCCUGUAUUGUUUAUAUCAUCUCAUACAUAUCAAAAGCAGAGAGAGAAAUGGGGCUGUUGUUGUCACAUGCACAAAAAGAAGCGUCAGAGCAAGGCAAUCUUGAUGCUAAACAAGCUAUGCGCAAACUUGGCAGUGUUUUCUUGCAUAAUCGUGAAGUUUCAGCUCAAGAAAGUGUGUAUCGUCUUACGAAUAUGAAAUUAAAACAGGCAUCUCGCAAAGUGCAAUUUGUUCCAACUGGUGACACAAUCAGAAUGAGUCUUCCACUAAAUGUCAUACAGAGGAAAGCUCAGUGCGGCGAUGAUGACGGUGACAAUAUUUGGAUGUAUAGCAUUUCUGACAGAUAUAAGAACAGACCUAAAAGCAAGGAAUUUGAAGAAAUGUGUUUGGCAAGGUUUGCAUCAGAAUAUAGAAUAUUGUCUAAAUCGGAACAUUCAUCCAGUGACAGCAUCAAACUUUUGAAAGGAUCAGGAUUUGCCAAGAAAAGGUCACGAACAGAAGCUGCUGUGAUUCGAUAUGCCCGUUUCUCACCAACAAAAAAUCCAGAGAAAUAUCAUGAAAGCAUUUUAGAGUUGUUUUUGCCUCACUACCUCAAAUCACAACUAAAACCAUCCACUUUCCAGACAUAUCAAGAGUUUUAUGAAACUGGGUCUGUGAAAUAUUCUGAUAAUGAACUUGUCUCAGUGAAAGUCACAGUAGACACAAAUAUGGCCAUGUUUGAAAAAGAGAGUGACUCCAUAGACAAAGCUCAGGAAGACCUAGAUGCACAUGGUCCAAUGGAAGAUGCAUGGGCACAACUUUGUCCAGAGACUGAGCGUGAACGUUUAGAAUGCAUUGAGCAGAAACAGAAGGAAACUCCAGAAAUAACUGAAAACAAUGACAUUAUACCUGACCUUUUUCCCAAGGAAAUCUAUUCAUUACAGGAUAAUUCUCAUAACAUGCCAAAGGAAGAAGCCAUGGCUCUACUACGUUCAAUGAAUGAGACACAGUCCCAGAUAUUUUAUAAAAUCCGACACUGGUGUUUACAAAAGGCACGUGGUGACACUCCAGAACCCUUUCAUGUGUUUAUAUCAGGCCCUGGAGGUGUAGGGAAAUCUAUGCUGAUUAAAGCAAUACAUUAUGAAGCACAUCGUAUCCUAUCUCGCUUAUCAAAUAAUCCUGAUGACACACGUGUGUUACUGACAGCUCCAACUGGUGUAAGUGCUUAUAACAUUAAUGCUGCAACAAUACAUACUUCUUUAGCUAUUGGUACAGAUGUAAAGCUACCAUAUCAACCACUGGGAGAUGAGAAAAUUAAUUCUCUGAGAACAAAGUUGGGAAACCUGGAUAUAUUAAUUAUUGAUGAAAUUUCAAUGGUUGAUCACAAACUCCUUGCAUAUGUUCAUGGCAGACUGAGGCAGAUCAAACAAACUGGAGAUUAUUCACCUUUUGGAAAGGUUUCUAUCAUCGCAGUUGGAGACUUUUAUCAGCUCAAUCCAGUUAAGGGUAAAGCUUUAUAUGCUGAUCAUGUGGGAAUGAAUCUGUGGCAAGACCAUUUUGCUUUGGCUGAGUUGAGUCAGAUAAUGAGACAGAAAGAUGUGGAAUUUGCACAGUUGCUCAAUCGAUUAAGGAAACGACAGAAGUCUCAUCCAUUGCUGGAAAAAGAUAUAAGUAUGCUGAAACAGUGUGAAACUGGUGAAGAACACAUGACUUCCAAUUUGCAUAUUUAUGCCACAAAUAAUGAAGUUGAUGACCACAAUAGAGAAAUGCUUCACAAGACAUGCAAAGAUACUAUAGUUAUUCGAGCACAAGAUUAUGAGAGAGACCCGAAAACUGGACACUUUCAAAAAGUAAAGGGCCACCACAGCAAUGUUUGCAAGACAUGUCUUUCACGAUCACUUCACAUUGCAGUUAAUGCAAGAGUCAUGCUCCUUAAAAACAUUGAUGUUUCAGAUGGACUUGUGAAUGGUGCUUUUGGUACAGUUAGUGAUAUACAUUUUAAUCCUGGAGAAGAUUUCCCAUCAAAAGUAUAUGUGACAUUUGACAAUGAAAGAGCUGGUAGAGGCUUACGAGCAAAACGGCCUUCCUUAAAACCAGGACUGGAAAAGGCUACACCAAUUGAACCAGAAGAAGAGAGAGUCACAAGAAGUGGUGGCAUACGACGACAGUUUCCCCUGAAAUUAUCUUGGGCUUGCACUAUUCACAAAGUACAAGGUCUAACUGUGGAUAAAGCUGUUGUGUCACUUAAAAAGAUAUUUGCACCUGGACAAGCAUAUGUGGCAUUAAGUCGUGUGACUUCUCUGGAAGGUCUCAUUAUAGAAGAUUUCAAGGAAACAGCUAUUUAUGCAAAACCUGAUAUAGAAAGUUUCAUGCAAACUAUGCCCGCAUUUGUGGAGCCACUUAGAGAAACACAUCUGUCAUCAUUAUCAUGUAAAGUACUUCUGCACAAUGUUCAAGGGUUGUCAUGUCACCUGGAAGACAUAAAACAAGACAAAAGGUAUAUGGAAGCUGAUAUUAUUUGUAUGACAGAAACAUGGAUACAGUCAAGUCAUACUGAAAAUGAUCUACAAAUAAGUGGAUUUUCAUUCUGCAACAGCCCAAGGUCUGUUUCAUAUGACAAAAGUGAGGAACUCUUUGCUAAGUUGCAAGAAAAAGAACAUGGUGGUGUUGGUGUGUAUUACAAAACACAGAUCAACUGUAGUUUUGUUGAUUUACCCUGUAUGAACAUAGAGUGCAUGCAGUUUACUAUUCCCCACCUGAACUCAACAGCUGCAAUUGUGUAUAGACCACCUUCAUACAGUUUAAAAGCAUUUGUUAACAAGCUGUCAAAUGUAAUCAGUGUCAUUGACACGUUUGCAGGAGGAAAAAUUAUUAUGGGUGACUUCAAUGAAAACCUUUUUGUGUCCAAUACAGUGAGUGAAAUGAUGCAGCAUAAUGGCUUCACUCAAAUUGUGAAAGAUGCAACCACUGAAAAUGGCACUUUAAUUGAUCAUAUCUAUAUUAAAGACAUUGCAAUUGAGAGUAUAUGUGUUUCUGUAAUGCCUACUUAUUUCAGCUAUCAUGAAUGUGUUGUCUUAAAUUUCUCGUAUUAAAGGUUAGGUAAUGACUAGUAUAUGGAGAGCAGUCCCAUAAGAUUCGUCCACCACCUGGGGGGUGGGGGUGGGGGAGACAGGGGUAUGACAAAAAGCUGGACGGCCCCUGUGGGAAGUGGGUAUAGGCUAGAGCUGAGGUGCCCUAUUAACUGGUUUACAGCAUACUGUAUUUUUCGCACUAUAAGGCGCACUUUCAACAAAUAUUAAGGUGCACCGGAUUAUAAGGUGCAUUAUGUGACACUGGUAAGAAACAGUGUAAAAAAAAACAUGUUUUCCUUCUAAUUCAGAGCAACUAACCUAACCAAACAAAACUAAUUCUUACAACAGCAAAAAAUCUGAAGAGUCAGAUAAGUUAAACAAGUGCUGGACGCUAUUCUACACACAAUUCUCCCCUGAAAACUGUUUAUUUGGGUGAGUAAAGCACUUCUGUUUUUUUUUUUACAGUAAGCUUAGAUUUCCAGACUUCCCCAGGAACCCUGCGUGUUCUAUUAAACCAGGGAGAUAUUACCUACCUCUUCAUCUCAUGUAGCUUGUUUUAACAUUGUAAAGGCUCUGGCUACAG